AGCUGCUCGCCAGACUCUUUUCGCGAAAAUAUGUCCUAGCAAUGUCAUGCUCUGAGAGAUUCGUUUUCACGGCGUCCUUGGUUAACUCUUUCGUGGACUGUCGUCCAAAGGAGCCCCCCUCUGUCGCCCACCCUGACCCGGACCGCAGAGUCCAACAUAACUGGGGUUCCGUGCCAAACACGGCCAUACCCGGGACAAUGAACCAGCACCAGACGUUGCAGCCGCAAGAAGCUAUGGCUCAGCCUCGAUACCAAUACCACCAGGGAAUACUGAACUGGGACGAGCCACACUUGAGCCCGGUCCGAGUGCCGCAGGUCAGUGCGUGCCCUUAUAGCGCGUCAAACAGAAAAGACGACUCCUCCUAUUUGCUGCUGGAACCGGACAACCACUCAAAACCGUCACCAGACGUGUCUGCCUUCACCAGACUAAUGUCAGAGAUGGGCUCCAUGACGGGUGGUUCUGGUCCAAUUCAGGGCUACUUCCGCCCGGAGCAGUCAUGCUCCGGGUUCAAAGUCCAGGAGUACAACAACAGCGUGCACGGCUUGCCCACGACCAAUCCACCGCGCACUCCCCACUCAGUCUCGAGCCAUUUGUACCACUUGAGCUUCCCGGUGCUGCCAUAUCCAGACACUGACAUCAAGCGCGUUAUUGAUGACUUAGCGUUGGGCAGCAGUGAGUGUCCAGCCCAGAGAAGCGAUAGCAGCAGCAUCACCCUGGCCAGCAGUCAGACCAACACGGAAGACUUAGUCAUAGGUUUACGGCGAGACAAGCCCCCAUCAGACUUACCCAAGGGCGAUAAAGGUCCCAGACAGGAGUCGCAAGAGGAUGCAACAUUAGAAAAUGAUGCAACCUGUGGAUGGCUGUGGGCGAAGGCGGGGAGGAAGAAGCGCUGUCCUUACACCAAAUACCAAACACUGGAGCUGGAAAAGGAGUUCCUCUUCAACAUGUAUCUGACUCGCGAUCGCCGCCUGGAGAUCGCUCGCAGUGUCAACCUCACUGACCGUCAAGUCAAAAUCUGGUUCCAGAACCGCCGCAUGAAGAUGAAGAAGAUGACACGGGAACACAGAACCAGGGACUCGGUCACACAUUUCCCAAUCUGAUUCCUCACAAACAUGGUGUGCAGAGACAGACCUACAUGGACGUGACACGAGAUGACGCAACGUCAAUAAUAGGAUGGACCAUAUACUGAAGGAUGUGGUAGAGGCCCUGAUCUGAAGGAUGACCUGGAUGAAAGUACUAUCUAUGUCCUAUACACUUUGCAUGAGGAUGUGGUGGCUGUUACCGGUUACACUUUAGUUUUUCCAUGAAGGAGACAUAUCGGCGAAGAUUUUUUUUCUCCAUACCCCUGUCCCGCAACACCCUUCAUAAAAGCACUUUAUUUGAUUAUUGUCUUGUAGUUGUUUGUUGAUAGCUCAAUAGAAUGAUUGCAACGUUGCUUAAUUUGUAUUUUUGCCAGACAUAGGCUACUGUCUUGAAUCGAAGACUAUUGUUUACAGUUCAUGCUAGGCUAUGGGAAGCCAAUUUGAAAGGAUCACUUUUAUUUAUAACGUGAGCACUAUUUUAUUUAUUUGCGGAAGCAAUUGUAUUUGUAAGCUUUGAAAAAUGUGCACCAGUAAGCACAAUAUUUUGAACUUCAAUUUUGUAAAAUAGGAAGGAUUUAAAACAUUAUUUCUUGUUUAUACGGAGUCCUUUUUCAGAUAGCUUGACUUGAAACAAAGAGUGUGUUGAUUACAAUAAUGCAUGAUUGGAUGUAUAAAAAACAAACAAAUGUUUUCUAAAUGAGAGCAUUUGAAUUAAAGGUUACUCUUUCUGUGAAAUAGGGAAACGUUUUCUUACGCACAUGAGCCCUUGACGUUCCAAAAGGCAAGCCUGGGAUAUAAUAUAUAUUUUUGUCUUGUAUUAUCAAUGUUUGUUUUUAUAUAGUUUCGCCUAUCACUUCUGCUUGAAUAAAUAUUCCCC